GUUCCAUCUCCCAGCCUUAUAUGGCCGCUUUACUUUGUACUAUGCUCAGCUAUCCUCAGCUAAGGUUAUCGCAGUCUUUUCCGUGCAUCGCUUCGUUCCUUUUCUGAUCAAGCUUCUCAUCAUUGCUUAUCCAUCCAAUCAAUACCAUGUAUUGUAUACACAUCCCUAAUUCCCCCCCAUCGAUAAGACAGACCGCCGUCGAAGGAAGAAGAAGAAGAAAAAAAAGAAAGAAAAGGUCAAGCUCACAGGAACAAAGUGGCUCCGAUUUCGCCAAAUGAACCCUCAAUGUUCAGAACAUUCCUAGUCACAGCUCCACCCAGUUUGAUAGUUCAACCGUUCAACUCGUCAUCCAUCCGAUCAUAUUGGAUUUGGAUAUGAUCUAUUAAUAAGCUAGGUAUUGUAGGUCGUAGUAUGCUGCAAACAAAGUAUAAAAUCUAAAGUAACGGCGAUCCAAGACCCUUGCUGUGCGACAUAACAAAUCGAGAAUAUCCUGCCUUCCCAUCACCAGCUACGGUUUGAUAACCAACCAAGCAAACGAGCAUCUAGGUUGUGUCCCUCGAUCUUAUCGUUGUGGACUUCCUUGUGAAUUGUGAUUUUCAGACGAGGGCCAGGCAAGACAAGUCGAGACUCGAUGUUGGCAACAGACUCGCGCACUUGUGAUCAGUGAGCCUGUAGAGGCAAUCGAAAUAGCUACGAGUGAGUCUGCCACCAUGUCGCGGUUGCAAAUGGGAAAGAAUACUACCGACGUUAGGGAGAAAGUGGCAGAGAAGAAGAGAGAGGCAAAGAAUUAUAGAGGAUUUGUGGCGGGUGUGUUUUCGGGAGUAUCGAAACUUACUGUUGGACAUCCAUUCGAUACUAUAAAAGUCCGUCUUCAAACCUCCACAUCAUCCCAAUUCAACGGGCCACUCCAAUGUCUUCUCCUCACUAUUCGCAACGAAGGCUUCACCGGUCUCUACAAGGGUGCCACUCCCCCUUUAGUUGGCUGGAUGUUCAUGGACAGCAUAAUGCUUGGUUCCCUUACCUUCUACCGCAAACUCCUCCACCAAACCCUCUUUUCCCCCUCCCGCAUGGCCGCCACCCCAUCUAGUUUUGCACGUCCCGAUAGCUCUCUCACACCGUCUCAAGUCCACAAACUCCCCACCAUAGGCCACGCUCUCGCCGGUGUCAUGGCAGGCGCAACCGUAAGUUUCAUUGCGGCCCCCGUCGAACAUCUAAAAGCACGUCUACAAAUCCAAUACUCGAGUAAGAAAUCCGAACGUCUAUAUAGCGGUCCCAUCGACUGCGCACGUAAGAUUUACCGAUAUCAUGGUAUCCCAGGUCUUUACCAUGGUCUCUCCGCUACUCUUUUCUUCCGUUCCUUUUUCUUCUUCUGGUGGGGUUCGUACGAUGUUUUCACACGUCUUUUGACUGAAAAAACUCAAUUGAGUACUCCCGCCGUUAAUUUCUGGGCCGGCGGUCUUUCGGCACAGGCUUUCUGGUUGACGAGUUACCCGAGUGAUGUCGUUAAACAACGGAUUAUGACGGAUCCACUAGCUGGUGGAUUGGGAGAUGGGGUGCGUAGAUUUCCGAAUUGGAAAAGUGCGGCGAGGGAGGUGUAUAGGGAGAGUGGAUGGAAAGGGUAUUGGAGAGGUUUCUUACCCUGUUUUUUGAGAGCUUUCCCCGCGAAUGCGGUUGCGCUAGUGGCGUUUGAGGGCAUUAUGAGGGCUUUGCCUUGAUGUGUAUUUGCACACGCAGCUCCAUAUAUAGUCCAGUGACAAGGAUUCGAGAGAUUCGUAGGAAAGAGUGUAAGAUAUUGUAUCGCGAGAUGAUGAGAAGCAUGCAUGCAUGGCGUUAGGAACUGCAUACCACUUUUUGUGGGGGAUUGACGAACACCAUCUCCAAUCAGCUAGAGGAACAGGAGGGAAGUUUACUCAUCCCUAUAAUGAUUUACAUGAGAAAGGUGUUGUAUAUGAGAUGGAUAAAUGGAUGAUGAGAUAUACUGGUAGAACCCAGUAUACCAGCAUACAAGCAUAUGUAGAUAGAUAGAUCAGAUGGAUAUACAUCUCUAUCUCUAUUUAUCGCUAGACAAACACGAAAAAAGUGUCACUGCCUUUGCAAUUGAGCCAUUACGCAACUAGAGGUUUAGAAGAUAGUAAAAGAAGUAGACAGAACUCAACUCAAAAUCAAAAUCAAAAUAACAAGGAA